GCUGCUCCUGCUUCCAUUGUUACGCAGAGUCCUCCCCGGCCUCUCCCUCGCUUCCGUUGCCAUAGAGUCCUGGGCUAACACUGGCCUCCUCCUGGCCCUCCUAGCCCGGCUCCCCCUCCCCUCCAGAGCCAGCCAUGCCGCCUGGGCGAAGGCGCCGCCGGAGCAGAAUCCAUCUUUAUGGGAAGACCCUUUUUUGAUUUGACUGAGAAUGUCUUUGGCUGACAAGAGACUUGAGAACCUCCAGAUCUAUAAAGUUCUACAAUGUGUUCGUCAAAAGGAUACGAAGCAGAUCGAGAAGCUCACUAAACUGGGAUAUCCUGAGCUCAUUAAUUUCACUGAGCCCAUCAAUGGAGACAGUGCCCUUCACUUGGCCUGUGUUGCAAACGACAUUGACAUGUGUAACUUCCUCUUAGAGCUCGGAGCACACCCUGAUGUCCAGGAUAGAAUGGGUCGCACACCAGUGAUGAAAGCUGCUGAGCUUGGCCAUGACUUGGCCUUGGAUGUAUUAGUCCAGGCAGAGGCAGACAUGACAAUUGUUGAUGCAGAAGGAAAAGGCGUGUUGUUCUAUUGCAUUCUGCCUACCAAACGACACAAUCGUUGUGUUCAGAUGGCCUUAGAAUAUGGAGCAGAUGUUAACAACUGCACUAUUGAAGGGAAGCCUGUUUUUGUACAAGCCUGUGAACAAGCACAUGAAAUCAAAGAGAUGUGUAUGCAAUUUCUGGAAAGAGGAGCAAACCCAAAUUCAACAAAUCCAGCAACAGGCCGGACUGCCCUAAUGGAGGCCGCAAGAGAAGGAGUUUUGGAGCUUGUCCGUGGUAUCCUGGAGCGAGGUGGAGAAGUUAAUGUUUUUGAUCAUGAAAGACACCAUGCUGCCCAUUUUGCCGCCAAAGGAGGGUUCUUUGAGAUCCUGAAGAUUAUUUCUGCCUACAAUGGAGAUGUGGGCCUGAUUGCCAUGAAUGGAAACACGCCACUUCACUAUGCUGCUUCUGGAGGUUUUACAGAGUGUUGCAAGUUUAUAGGUCAAAGAGGUUGUGAUCCUAUGUGGCGGAACCUUGAAAAGAAGACACCAAGACAAGUUGCUAAAGAUGCUGGUUUCAAAGCAACAGUAAAGGUGAUCCGUAAAAUUGAGCGUCGCUUUGCCAGAUAUUCUAAACCCAAGCCAGGGGUGAAGAACCCCAACCCACCUUGGGCAGUUCGGCUGCAUGACUGGUCCAUGGAAAAUCAAGCAAGUCUUCGUGAAGCAUUUGAGGCAGUGGACCGAGGUGAUGGGACUGUAAGUAAAGAAGACUUUGUGUCCAUCAUUGAAGAGAGGUGUCCAUUUGUGAAUGUUGAGCAAAUAACAACAAUUGCUCAAGCUCAUGAGAAAACCCGUGCUGGAGGGAUUAAACCCGAAGAAUUUUUCACCGCAAAGCGGUUUUUGCAGAAGGCCUUCCUCCUUUCAUCCUAUGGUCCCAAGAAGAAAAAGGCUAAAAAGCCAAAAGCCAGGAAAGGAAAAUUUGUUAUCCCUAUGCCAAUCUGUGUCAUCCCAGACAGCUCGCGCCCCCGUCGGCCAGAUGGCGGGCCACCAGAGUUCAUGAUUGAAACUUACCAGAAUGUCACUGAUAGCAUCCGGUUCAAUCGUGAUCACCCCCCUGAUCAUCCCAUCCAAGAUGAUUCUUGGUGGUACAUUGAUGAACCAUUAAAGAACUUUUCCAACAUCAACUACCUCACAAAAGAUGGAGACCUCUCAUCACUGAAAAAAGCCUUUGAGUCAGGUGUGCCGGUAGAUGUGAGAGACCAUUUUUACAAAACUCCCUUGAUGGCUGCCUGUGCAAGUGGCAAUUUGGAGGCAGUGCAGUUCCUUAUCGAGAAAGGGGCAAAUGUGAAUGCAACAGAUAAUUUCAUGUGGACUCCUCUCCACCAUGCCUGCCACGCUGGUCAGCAAGAUAUUGCUGAACUCCUUGUUAAAUGUGGAGCAACCAUAGAUGGUGUUUCAAUCAAUGAUGGAACACCAUUAAUGAGGGGAAUUGAGAGUUGCCGAUUGGACACUGUGAAGUAUUUGGUCGACUCAGGUGCUAAAGUUCAGAUGCAGAACAGAAGAGGACAAAAUGCCCUGGAUAUUUCAAAGGCUUACGCUGACAAUCGGCUGAUCCACUUCAUUCAAGACACAAUGGACCGCUUGCCCAAGCCACCAGAUGGCAAAGGGGGGGAUAAGAAGAAGGGAAAGAAAGCCAAGCCAAAAGCACCUGCUCCAGCUCCAGCUCCGGCCCCUGCGCCCACCCCUGCACCCACCCCUGCAACUGCACCUACACCAGCUUCUCCCAAACCAAAGCCUGCAUCAAAAGAAUCAGUGAAAGAAGAGAUUUCACAGUUACCUGAACCAAUUGUUGAGAAAUCGCUCUUUGAUGACAAAAAGGAAUCAAUCAGGGAUAAUGUCGUCCAUCUGAAUUCAUUGAUUACUAAAGGAGCUACAAGGAAGGUCAACAUAACUUUCACACCACAGAGAAUUUGGAGUCCAGAGGCAACCACUCAAGAUCUUCUCCGAAAGAGAGAGUUACGUCGACAACGUUUUACCUAUGAGGUGGAUUUUGAGGACUUCAUGAUGCCGUUUAAGAGGAAUUUUAUGGAGAAAGUCCGAGCACUGGACCAAUUAGCUGCCUUGCAUUAAUCACUGUGCAAUUUCGGCAUGGACUUUCAGGAAGGAAAAGAACCCAAGUUUCAGAAGAAAUGUCUUUGAGAGGCCAUAAUCAUGUUCCCCUUAAUGAUGAUAAAAGUUUUCCUUCAUUCUUCAGUUGCAUUACUUCAGCAUAGGUACCUUUGAUCAUGGGAGCAUGUUCUUUUAUGUUUGGCAUCAGAUCUAUAUAGCUUCCUUUCAGCAGCAAAGUUAACUUAUGUUGCACGAUAUUUGCAAAGUAGGUGCCCUACUAUGUGGCAGUUGACAUAUUGUAACCCUUUCCAAUUCUAAUAGAUCUUUUACUCCAUAAUCGUUGCUUAGGAAACAAAACUCUAUCACAUUACAGAAACUUGAAGCCAAUUAUUUCCAGGUGCUAUAAAUGUCCAUUGCACUCAGUAAUGUGACUGAUUCCGAAAUCUAGAGAUCUGUCAAAGUGCAUAAAAAUUUCCCUUAAGAAAAUUGUCCUGGUGCUCAUGAUGACACAGAGGUAUUUUGUUAUGCGUGUAUAGUGUAAAAAAAAAAAAAAGCUUGGCUUAAACGUAAUUGCAAAUGUAAUGAAGAGAAGUGUGGGCUUCUAAGGCCUCUACCACAAAUCCCAUAUUAUCUGGUUUGAAUUGGAAUAUAUGGCAGUGUGGACUCAGCCUAGUUCAAAGCAGAUAUUGUGGGAUUUUCUGCCUUGAUAUUUUAGGUUAUAUGACUAUGUGGAAGGGCUCUUACUUUGAGCGCUGAUUCUAUUCCUCCAUCCAGAUAUUUCUUUAAUAGGGAUACAGCAGAGAACCUUGAUUAAUACAAGGAUAUAAUAUCUGAUUCUGAAAUGUUCUUAUUUAAUGUCUUUACAAAUCUCAAGCUAUUAGGAGAGUAUCAGAACUCAGAAAUAUUUGGAUCUACAAAUACUGGGAUUCCUUAGUGAAAGUGGCUAUGCAGAGUGGAAAUUCUUGGUACUGUGGCCACCAAAAGUAACAUCCCAACUCUAGCUAAUGCUACGUUUUCUAUAUAAAUAAAUACUCAUCAUAUUGGCCUUUACUUAUUCCAGCCUUUAUUCACCUAGGUGAAAACUGAGUUUGUUUCACCCAUGUUCCACUACUUUCUGCUUUAAUUUUUCAUUGUUUUAUUGUGUAUAUAAGAAAUAUACACAAUAAAACUGCUUCUUUUGACUUUUGAGAUUGUUGCUACUCAGGGCAUGUCCAGACAGUACCUUUAUCCCAAGAGCUUCUGCAGCAAACAGGAGGGUGGCCAGAUGCCGUUCCCUAUAAACGUGGAAGCAAUUGCUACAAAAGGCAAAAACUGUGAGAUUUCCAGGUUCGGGAAUAUCACAGUUUUGAGCCA